AUGCCCGAUCUUCCCUACGACAUCAUCGUCCUCAUCGUGCGGUUCCUCGCGGUCGGGAAAUGGCUCAUACGGUAUCCGGUCGCGCGCUACUCUACCAUCAACCAUCUCUGGAAUGAAGCCAUCGAGCGCGAGUGGACCUUCAAGGAAAUCCUUGUUCGCUCGUCGGCUAUCAACAGCAUUACUAUUGCGCGUCUUGGGAGAGUGCUCCAGCGCGAUGGCGGACGCCGUCGCAAGUAUGUGCGACAUAUCAUCUUCACGCCUGAGAGCGUGAACCGCCUAAUGAGCGCGAAGACGCGUUCCGCAAAUGAACGAACCGCCGACGACGUUGUCUUUUCGCGGGAUAUAGCAGAGCUCUGGGGUAUCUUGGCAGAUUGGUCGCCUGAGUCAAAAUUUAAGCUGAGCAUCUCCUUGCAUGGCCGCGGACGUGCCAAUUGGCCAGACAGCAACGGUUUCCUUAACUACAUCGGCGACUCGCUUCCCCUGCUGUCCAAUGUCCACAGUUUCGAGACCGGACUACAUGUCCGCAUCUGGCCGCCGUCUGUCGUACAAUUCCUUAAUUCACUACCCGCCGUAAAAACAGCUGAUAUCGAGAUUGGCGACGUGUGCGCUUCGCGUUGGGCCCGAGAGUCCAAUGUCACGGAAAUCGAUGAGGUCCUCGCGACCAGCAUCCGACAAAUUCCUCCCGGGUGCACUAACGUUCAACUCAACCUCGGGCACUCGCCUCAUGGCCGGCCUGGAGUUUCCGACGCCUUUCUCUGCGCCGGAUUAACUGCGCUCUCACCGCAGCUACGCAAACUCUACCUUACCGGUUCGGCCGUCACGCCUGCAGUUUUGGACGCUGUAGCUUCCAUGCCCUGGCCACACCUGCAGGAAGUGAAAUUCGAUUUUGACGCGGUGCGCAAGGUUACCGGGAGAGCCGACGCUGCAUUCGUAAACGCCCUGUAUGUGGCUACAGCGAGUGUAGUCCGCAGUAUGCCGGCGUUGCUUGAAUUAAUGCUUUGCUCUUCCUGCAUACUCAAAGAAGGAAACGCGCCGGACUUGAAUGUCAAACGCGACGAGAAGACGAACAAGUGGAAAGUAGAAUGGGGGGUCAGCCGUGCGCCAUUCCGCGAUCUGGAUGACAAGGUGACUGAGGCGUGGGGAAUCAAAAAGCCGGCGGAUAAGAUACAAUGGAGGAGAGACGAGGAGCAACCUGAGGACGAGACGCCGUCGUGGUAUGCUGAGGAGUUGCUGCCAUGGAAGUACUAGAAGGUGCUGAAACAUCGCGCUUGAGGAGCUCAGUCUCAAGCCGUGUGUGCUUAGGAGACGCCUGACAAGUUUUGGGCGACCUGCCAAAAUUAUCCUCGCGAAAGAGCCACCCCUUUGCGGAUUUAAGCUGGUUGACUUGCACACAUAAGGUUUUGACGCAACUGAGGAGCAAGCAAGCACGGCGACGAAGGGAUAUUUCACUUCACUAUGUCUCCUUAUCAGCACCCCCUGGUCUCACGUCGCCUUUCCCGCUGUGCGAGCGAAACAACGACCCAUAGUGUUAGUCCUGGUUGUUGAGCGGCCUCCACGAUUACAUGAGAGAACAGAUGACGAAGACGUACUAGGUACGCCGAUUGCUUUCUUUUCUACCCCUGUCGCUUUGUCAAUACCUUU